CUGGUAUGGACAGUGAUGGUGCAGAGAUGGCAGGAGCACUGGAAUAGAGAUACUAAGGGCAGACAUGUAUUUAUUUUAGGUUGUGAGAUGGAGGUGAUGGAGGCGAUGGAGGUGGACUUGCAGCUGGGGGGCCCUAGUAGGGAACCAGAGCCAGAUGUUGUGGCAGACCAGGUAGAUCUCCCUAUUGUCAUCCCUGACUCUGGCAGUGAAACAGAGGACGAGGCAGACGCAGCUCCCUGUGACCCACCACGGCUCCCGAACACCUGGGCGUUCAGUCAGAACAGAGCCAGAGUGGAGGGUCAAGUUGGAUCCAGGAUCAGAAGGGAGGGUCAUAUUGAGCCGACUGGAUUCCCUAACCUAUUUCACCCCAUGUUAUACCCAUUGAUUGUACCUGUAUUGUUUCUGUGUGGUUAAAGGCCAGGCCUCAGGGAGCACUACUCCACCCAGACCGCUGCGCUUGCUAGCAGCUUCCUGGAUUUCCUGCUGCGAGUCCCUGCAGCCAACCAGGCCGAGGGCGACUCUGGGAGUACGACAGAGCUGAGCGAGUCGGAGGAUGAGGCAGAUCCCCUGGGGCCAGCAGCAGACCCUCCCAAUUCGGCCGUUCCCUCCAGCCCUCGUCCAAACCCUCCAGUUACGCCACCCGAAGGCCUUUAUUCUUCAGAUUCUAAUGCAACCACAGAGGCUGCGAGGACUGUGACUGGAAAUCAAGUGAAUCCUGAGGUUGUAUCAGACCCACUAGCCUCCAGUGAACCGGCCCUUCGAUUGUCCCAGGGGGAUGAGGGGGAAGGGGAGACCUGCUCCAUCUGCUUUGAGCCCUGGACCACGUCAGGGGAGCAUCAGCUGGCCACCCUGCGCUGCGGACAUCUCUUUGGCUACACCUGCAUCGACCGCUGGGUGAAGGGCCAGGGCCAGGGAGCCAAGUGUCCCCAGUGCAACAAGAAGGCCAAGCGCACCGAUAUCGUCCUCCUGUACGCGUGCAAGCUGAGGGCUCUGGACAACACCGAGCAGGAGAGUAUGAAGAGGUCACUGGAGCAAGAGCAUUCACUGCGUAGAAAGGCUGAUCUGGAGUCAGCGCAGUGCCGACUACAACUGCAGGUGGUGACAGACGAAUGUGGGAAAUUGCAUAAGCAGCUACAGGAGCUGAAGACGCUGAUGGCCCAGCCUGGCUGUGGGCCCUCACAGAGCUCAGGGGCUUAUCUCUCUGGGCCCUUUCAGAGACAGGACAGUACCCAGGGGGGCCACUAUGUCUUCUCCAAGGCCGUGCUGGUGUCCCAGGUGGGGGGAUGCAGGGUGCUGUCCUACUGUGAACCCCUCAGCUGCCUGCUGGCCUCUCAGCCCUCCCCACACACUACCCUGGUGCCCGGCUGCGGUGUGAAGAAGGUGAGCACGGUGAAUCUGAAGGCCUGCCAGUACAUUCCCAUCCAUGUUAAACAGAUCAGAGGCCUAGCCUUCAACAGACAGGCCGACAGUCUCCUGCUCUCCGCUGCCCUGGACAACACCAUAAAACUCACCAGUCUAAUGACCAACACAGUGGUGCAGACCUACAACACAGGUAAACCAGUGUGGAGCUGCUGCUGGUGCCUGGACAACAACAACUAUGUGUACGCUGGUCUCAGUAACGGCUCCGUGCUGGUGUAUGACACCAGGGACACCAGCACACAUGUCCAGGAGCUACAGCCGCUACGUUCCAGGUGUCCCGUGGCAUCCCUGUCCUAUGUGCCUCGCGCCGCCUCCAGCUCGUUCCCAUGUGGUGGCCUCAUCGCAGGCUCUCUGGAUGGGGGCUGCUUCUGGGAGCAAGUAGACGGGACCACCUACAGACCCCACAUGUUGCCCCUGGAGACAGGAGGCUGCACAGACAUCCAGGUGCAGCCAGAGAGCAGACACUGUUUGGUCACCUACAGACCAGGGCGCUCCAAGUCAUCGCUGCGCUGUGUUCUGAUGGAGCUGAACAGGACUCCCCAGCAGGACGCGGCUCAGGAACCCUCGUGUUCCUGCUACCCAGUCCAGACAUUCAGUGCUGGCUCCUCCUGCAAGCUGCUCACCAAGAAUGCCGUGUUCAGAAGCCCGGCCGGGGAGGGCUCCACUCUGGUGUGUGCCGGGGACGAGGCCACCAACUCCACCAUGGUGUGGGAUGCAGGGAGUGGAACCCUGAUUCAGAAGUUGUCUGCUGACCUCCCAGUGUUGGACAUCUGCCCGUUUGAGGUGAACCAGGGCAGUUACCUGGCCUCUCUCACUGAGAAGAUGCUCAAAAUUUACAAGUGGGAAUGAGGAGGAAUUAUGGAGGACACCACCAGCAUAGAACAUGUAUGAGUAGCACGGCUGCUGCACUGUAUAAAUGGAAUCCAUUUAGUACAGCCUUUUCUUACCCAAAGUCACUACAGAUAAACUUUUAUUGGAUUUGCAUUGCAGUAGCGGGACUGGAGAGCCAUCACAUUGCUGCAGUGUUAUGAAGGAACUGAUAACUGGAGUGCCUGUACAGAUACACUACUGCCCUAAAUGUUUACAUUAAGAAUCACAGAAAAACAUCUCAAAAUUAUUUUGCUUUCUUGUUUUUUGAUGCAUGUGACGAUCAGUUAGUGUUGUCAGUUAACCAUGCUGCUGACAAAUUUUUCAAUGUUGUGUUCCAUCUCUGGUUUUAGAGACGGAUCCAUGAAUAAAAAUCAGGACAUCAAUGGGUUGUUACAUUUCCUGGAUUCUGAUUGGCACAACUGAUCAGCAAGCUGCAUUAAAAAUAUUAUUUAAAAAAAUCUUUCUGGAUGUUUCAUUUUUUAUUAACUUAUUUUAUUUCCAGAGGAAAUUGUGUAUUUUAUAUUAAAUGUUUUUUUAUGAUUUGUAAUGUAAUAAAAUAUAAAUCAUUGGC